CCGCGCAGAAGGCGCGGAGCUGCCCGAGAUAAGCGCGCCCGGAAAGCCCUGAGCCGAGCGUUUCUACCGAUACCCCAAAAACUCGUCGGUUUUAUUUAGAGGCGGUGCCCGGCUGCCGAGAGGCGUCCGGUGACACUCUAGUGCCACUCCACCGACUUGGGGGCCCCCAGAGCCGGCGCCACCGCCUCCCUGCCCUCCGCCACCGCCCGCCGGAGCCGCCCGCCCCGCCGCCCCCUUCCCUGGGAUCCCCCCAACAGUCGCCGCACCCCUCUCCAAAGACAAAUCCGUCAAUCCAACAAAUCAAGCCAAACAAACAAAACCAAACAAAAUAAAAAAGGAGGGGGCUUAAAAAAAAAAAUCACCGAGCCCCCGCCCCUGCUGUGGGGUGGCAGAGCGCGGCCGGAGUCCGACGGUGCGGACGCACGGUGGAGCCCCCCCGGCAGCCGCGCUCCGAGUCCCGGCGCGCCGCCGCCCGCCCGCCGCCCCCCGCCGCCGCCCCGCCGGCAGCCACCAUGAACAAGCUGUACAUCGGGAACCUAAACGAGAACGUGACUCCGGCCGACUUGGAGAAAGUCUUCAACGACCACAAAAUUUCCUUCAGCGGGCAGUUCCUGGUCAAGUCCGGCUAUGCCUUUGUGGACUGCCCCGACGAGCAGUGGGCCAUGAAAGCCAUCGAAACUUUUUCGGGGAAAGUGGAGCUUCAUGGAAAACAGCUAGAGAUUGAACAUUCAGUACCUAAAAAGCAAAGGAGCCGGAAAAUUCAAAUCAGAAACAUCCCACCCCAGCUGCGAUGGGAGGUCCUAGAUGGUUUGCUAGCCCAGUAUGGCACUGUAGAAAACUGUGAACAAGUAAACACAGACAGCGAGACCGCCGUUGUUAACGUCACCUAUGCAAACCGGGAGCAGACCAGGCAAGCCAUCAUGAAGCUGAAUGGGCACCAGUUGGAAAACCACGCGCUGAAGGUCUCCUACAUCCCUGAUGAGCAGUCCAUGCAAGGGCCAGAGAAUGGGCGGCGGGGUGGAUUUGGGGCACGUGGUGCUCCCAGGCAGGGUUCCCCUGUCACCGCAGGGGCACCGGUCAAACAGCAGCCAGUUGACAUUCCCCUCCGUCUCCUGGUGCCCACACAGUAUGUGGGUGCUAUCAUCGGCAAGGAAGGGGCCACCAUCAGGAACAUCACCAAGCAGACGCAGUCCAAGAUUGAUGUGCACCGAAAAGAGAAUGCAGGAGCUGCAGAAAAAGCCAUCAGCAUCCACUCCACCCCUGAGGGCUGCUCUGCUGCCUGCAAAAUGAUUUUGGAGAUCAUGCAGAAGGAGGCAAAGGACACCAAGACAGCUGAUGAAGUGCCUCUGAAAAUCUUGGCCCAUAACAACUUUGUGGGGCGCCUGAUUGGCAAAGAAGGGCGAAACUUGAAGAAAGUGGAGCAGGACACAGAGACAAAAAUCACCAUCUCAUCAUUGCAGGACCUGACUCUAUACAACCCUGAAAGGACGAUCACAGUGAAGGGCUCCAUCGAGAACUGCUGCAAAGCAGAGCAGGAGAUCAUGAAGAAAGUGAGGGAAGCCUACGAGAAUGAUGUAGCAGCCAUGAGCCUGCAAUCUCACCUCAUCCCUGGCCUUAACCUGGCUGCUGUUGGCCUCUUCCCUGCCUCCUCCAAUGCAGUACCUCCUCCUCCUAGCAGUGUCUCUGGAGCCACGCCAUACAGCUCCUUUGUGCCUCCGGAGCAAGAGACCGUGCAUGUCUUCAUCCCUGCGCAGGCGGUUGGUGCGAUCAUUGGCAAGAAGGGCCAGCACAUCAAGCAGCUCUCCCGGUUUGCAAGUGCCUCUAUUAAGAUUGCACCCCCAGAGACGCCGGACUCCAAAGUGCGCAUGGUCAUCAUCACGGGCCCUCCAGAAGCUCAGUUCAAGGCACAAGGCAGGAUUUAUGGGAAGCUGAAGGAGGAAAACUUUUUUGGACCGAAAGAAGAAGUAAAGCUGGAGACACACAUCCGGGUCCCUGCCUCAUCUGCGGGGAGGGUCAUUGGCAAAGGAGGCAAAACUGUCAAUGAGCUGCAGAACCUGACAGCAGCAGAGGUGGUGGUACCACGAGAUCAGACCCCUGAUGAGAACGAGCAAGUUAUUGUGAAGAUCAUCGGGCACUUCUAUGCCAGCCAGAUGGCACAGCGCAAGAUCAGAGACAUUCUGGCCCAGGUGAAGCAGCAACAUCAGAAGGGACAGAGCGGCCAGCUGCAAGCAAGGAGGAAAUAAGAGCAGCAAUGACACCAAUGUGAAAAGUGGAACAAGCCAAUGCUGGGCUUAAGAGUGGCUGGGAAUCAGUUACCAUAGACAGAUACAAUUUUUUCAUUGACUGGUUGACAUUAAAAGGCAGUUUGAUUGGC